AUGGCCUUUGGCGGCACCUUCGACCAGCGCUUUGAGGGCCGCCUGCAUCCACCUACCCAGCAGCCUCCUGAGCGUGACAUUUGCUGCACCUUCGACCAGCACUUUGAUGGCAACCACCUUCUCAGCAGCCUGCUGAGCCGGUAUCUUCGACCAGCAUUUGGCGGCACUGUCGACCAGCGCAUUGACUGCAUCCACCUACCCAGCAGCCUGCUGGGCUUGGCAUUCGGCGGCACCUUUGACAAGCGCAUGGACCGCAUCUUCCUACUCAUCAGCCUGCUGAGCAUCCUUGUCAAGCACCAGUACCACAUCGACAUCGUCUACAUCAGCACUCUGGUCACGUACAGCCUCAAAAUUUUGGCGGAGCUCGACUACAUCUGCCACAGCUUCCUUUUAUCGCAGCCGUUUACCUCAGCCUUUUCCGCAGCCAUUUCGCAGCUGUUCGUGGCAUUGCAGCUAACUAGCACCUUGCAGAGUACCUUGACUUUUGGCGACGAGUUCUACCUGGAGAUUUUGACGUUAGGCUACCAGUUCAACCAUAGCUUUGAGGGCAUCCAGCAGGUUUUGACGUUUGGCGACCAGUUCAACCAGAGCUUUGAGGGCAUCCAGCAGGUCUUUGGCGAUGAGUUCAACCAGAGCUUGCUUUGCGAUGAGUUCGACCACAGCUUUGAGCGCAUCCAGCUCCCGACAUUCAACCAGAGCUUUGUUGGCAUCCAGCAAGUCUUUGGCGAUGAGUUCAGCCAGAGCUUGAACUUGACGUUUGGCGACGAGUUCAACCUGCAGAUUUUCACGUUUGGCGACCAGAUCAACCAGAGGUUUAAGGGCAUCCAACAGUUCGACCACUUUGAAGGCAUCCAGCUACCUGGCAGCCUACAGAACUUGACGUUUGGCGACGAGUUUCUGACGAUGAGUUCAGCGUUUGGCGACGAGUUCAACCUGCAGAUUAUGACGUUUGGCGACCAGUUCAACCAGAGCUUUAAGGGCUUCCAGCAGGUCUUGGGCGAUGAGUUCAGCCAGAGCUUGGAUGGCAUGGAACUACGCAGCAGCCUGCACAGUUUGGCGCUCGGCGACGAGUUCAACCACGGCUUUGAGUGCAUCCAGCCACCCGGCAGCUUACAGAACUUGACGUUUGGCGACGAGCUCCACCUGCAGAUUUUAACGUUUGGCGACCAGUUCGACCAAUAUAUGACGUUUGGCGACCAGUUCAACCAGAGCUUUAAGGGCUUCCAGCAGGUCUUGGGCGAUGAGUUCAGCCAGAGCUUGGUUUUGACGUUUGGCGACCAGUUCAACCAGAGCUUUGAGGGCAUCCGCGAUGAGUUCAACCAGAGCUUGCUUUGCGAUGAGUUCGACCACAGCUUUGAGCAAUUUGACUUUGGCGACCAGUUCAACCAGAGCUUUGAGGGCAUCCAGCAAGUCUUUGGCGAUGAGUCCAGCCAGUUUCUGACGAUGAGUUCAGCGUUUGGCGACGAGUUCAACCUGCAGAUUAUGACGUUUGGCGACCAGUUCAACCAGAGCUUUAAGGGCUUCCAGCAGGUCUUGGGCGAUGAGUUCAGCCAGAGCUUGGAUGGCAUGGAACUACGCAGCAGCCUGCACAGUUUGGCGCUCGGCGACGAGUUCAACCACGGCUUUGAGUGCAUCCAGCCACCCGGCAGCCUACAGAACUUGACGUUUGGCGACGAGUUCAACCUGCAGAUUUUAACGUUUGGCGACCAGUUCAACCAGAGCUUUGAGGGCAUCCAGCAGGUCUUUGGCGAUGAGUUCAACCAGAGCUUGCUUUGCGAUGAGUUCGACCACAGCUUUGAGCGCAUCCAGUUUCUGACGAUGAGUUCAGCGUUUGGCGACGAGUUCAACCUGCAGAUUAUGACGUUUGGCGACCAGUUCAACCAGAGCGUUAAGGGCUUCCAGCAGGUCUUGGGCGAUGAGUUCAGCCAGAGCUUGGAUGGCAUGGAACUACGCAGCAGCCUGCACAAAUUGGCGCUCGGCGCCGAGUUCAACCACGGCUUUGAGUGCAUCCAGCCACCCGGCAGCCUACAGAACUUGGCGUUUGGCGACGAGUUUCUGGCGAUGAGUUCAGCGUUUGGCGACGAGUUCAACCUGCAGAUUAUGAUGUUUGGCGACCAGUUCAACCAGAGCUUUAAGGGCUUCCAGCAGGUUUUGACGUUUGGCGACCAGUUCAACCAGAGCUUUGAGGGCAUCCAGCAGGUCUUUGGCGAUGAGUUCAACCAGAGCUUGCUUUGCGAUGAGUUCGACCACAGCUUUGAGCGCAUCCAGCUCCCGACAGCCUGA